AUGCAAACUUUAACCCUCUUAAUGCUGCUGCUGCUGGGAUUGGCCAUGCUUUUGGCUACGGCCAAUGCCUCACCUGCCCUCGGGGCCAGCGAUAACUCGAUAACUUCGGAUUAUCGCAAUCGCAUGGAAGACCAAAUCUUGGCCAAGCUGAAUGUGAAAUGCAGCCAAAGAGAUAAUCAUUCCUGCAUGAUGCUCAAACUGAUUGUCUUUAUGAAUCGUCUCUUUAAGAAGUCCAGUAUCGAUUUUAAUGAGAAUAUCAAGGUCAUGCAAAACAGAGACAUUUCCGAGAUACCAGAUGACCCAGAGGACGACCUCUUGCUGGCACGUGCCAUGGACUCGGAUGAGGAAAGCUACGGACUGCUGGUGGCCAACAAGUUGUGGAAAUUCGUACGCUCACGUACACUGCGCUACAAAUUCUCCGACAAUGCUGACUUUGUGAUGAGCAGCGAGCCCAAGGGCAGUCUCAACAUUGGUGUCUCUGUGCGUCCCAUCGAGGCUCUGGAGGAGGGACGUGGCAAAAUGAAGAACAUGGGACCCCUGCUCAUGAUGAUGGCCGCCAAGACUGGCGUGGUGGGUGCCAUUUUGCUCAAGGGUCUGUUCCUGCUGGCCGGCAAGGCUCUAAUAGUUUCCAAGAUAGCUCUGCUCCUGGCCGUCAUCAUAUCGCUGAAGAAAUUGCUCUCCAGCAAAAAGACAAUUGUCGAGGUUCCCUCUCAUCAUGAUAGCUAUAGCUCGGGUUGGGCGCGUGCUCUUGAUGGUUUUGUAGAGGGCUUGGCUGAGGUACCAUCGCAGAUAUUGGCACAAGAUGCUCAGGAUAUGGCAUAUAGUGCCCAACAGCCAACAUCAAAGGUGGCGCAAUAA